AUGCUAGGCGACGACAAGACUCGGUAUGUCGGCGAUUCUGCAGUCAAUGCGUUUCCCGCAGAUGCAAACUACGAAGAAGCAACGUUAAAAAACGGUCAUUCACCUCGAUCAUCCUCGGAUAGCACCUCUGAUAGUUCUAUAAGCGACAGUGACAAUGAGCAAGUCCAGCUUAUCGAGUCUGAUACUACUCACACCCGUGAAGGAGGGGUUGCCUCACGUGAGACAGCAGAGGAGCCUCUUAAAAAUGAAAAGGAGAAGCCCGCGUCAUGGUUUUCCCUGCCCAGAAAAGAUCAGCUUUUCAUCUUAGCCCUGGCACGUAUGGCCGAGCCAAUAGUACAAUCCAGCAUCAACUCAUACAUGUUCUUCAUGCUGCGCUUUUUUGACCCAUCACUUUCUGAUUCGACUAUUUCUUCACAGGCAGGUUACCUCGCUGGGGGGUUCACGGCUGCACAGUGCCUCACAGCUAUGGUAUGGGGUCGCGUGGCCGAUAAGGCUUCGGUGGGCAGAAAGAAUGUGCUUAUUAUUGGCUUGUUAGGCACUUUUACAUCCACCAUUGGCGUUGGAUUUUCUCGAUCUUUUGCGCCUGCGUUAUUUUUUCGUUGUCUUGGAGGAGCUUUGAACGGAAAUGUUAGUAUCAUGCGAACUAUGACUUCUGAAAUCAUCCGCGAAAAGAAAUACCAAACAAAGGCAUUCUUGUUAAUGCCAAUUAUGUUCAAUGUUGGUAUUCUCUUCGGCCCUUUAAUUGGAGGUUGGCUGCAGGAUCCAGUUCACACUUUUCCCAGUGCGUUUGGACCUGGAAGCAAGCUUGGUGGCAAAGAUGGCGUGGGAUGGAUGAUUAAAUACCCAUACGCGUUGCCAAAUUUAUUCAAUGCCUUCCUUUUGCUGCUUUCGCUGUGCCUUGUAAUUCUAGGUCUCGAAGAGACACACAUCGAUCGUCAGCAUCUCUCUGAUCCAGGCCUCAAGGUCGUUCGUUCUGUGGCUCGAAUUGUUUGCUGCAAAUCGCGUCAAACUAAAUAUGCUCGCUUAGGAGUGGAAGAAAACACGAACGAUGUUGAAAUGACAACACCUUCCGAACACAAUACAGAACCUAAGAGCUCAUACAAACCACGUGCAAAGCUGCCUCUCCGACACCUACUUCGUCGCAACGUUAUAGCUACUAUGGUUGCUCACGGUCUUAUACAAGGCCACACAAGCGCCUUCCAGAAUCUUUGGUUCUUGUUUCUGUCUACGCCUCGCUUUAACCCCGCCAAUUCAGAACCGUCUUAUACACCACACCCUCCUCUUUUCUUCACAGGAGGUCUGGGUCUUCCACCGGCUACUAUUGGAACUGCAAUUGGUAUCAUUGGCGCAAUGGGUUUGAUGUUGCAAUUUGGUGUCUAUUCAUGGGUAACGCACCGUUUGGGUGUAUUAUAUGCAUACCGCUACUCUCUAGUAAUAUUUCCGCUCGCGUACGCUCUCGCACCAUUCCUAGCACUGCUUCCCACAAAAUCAGCAUCGCCACACGCAGCAGACGGGCCAAUGAUUUGGAUAGGAAUAUGCAGUCUACUAUUCGUAAUAGUCAUAGGUCGUACCUUUGCACUCCCCAGCUCACUCAUUCUUAUCAAUAAUUGUACACCACAUCCGAGUGUACUCAGUACUAUUCAUGGUAUUGCGCAGAGUGUGAGUGCUGGGUCAAGAACAUUGGGCCCGCUUGUCUUUAGCGCGGUGUAUGGACAAGGAUUGGAGAAAGGGAUGGUGGGGAUGGCGUGGUGGAUUUUGAUGAUUGAGGCUUGCGUUGCUUUUGGCGCGAGCUGGGUGGUUUAUGAAGGUAAUGGACAUGAAGUGAAAAUGGAAGGAGAAUCUUAA